AAGACGAGUCACGCCUCCGUACCACGCGAGAAGCUCGAGCAAGGAAGCAACCCACCACGGUCCGUGGAGUUGGAGAUAUUUGCAGGGGCCGACGUUGACACGAGCUGAACCCAUGGCGGAAACGCUCAGACCUCGUCUCAUCACGCACCUCUCACACGCCACUUCUCUCUUCCAUUUAUACACUCCUCCUCCCCAAUAAUCUCUCCCUCAAAAUCACUCACUCUCAUAGCCGGAGCUCCAAUCCGAUGGCGGCGGUGCUGCGGGCCCCUUCUCUGGCCGAAAGGCGAUUCGAAGCAGUGGGCUUCGGCGGGAGCUUGUCGCCGGCGAGGAUGAUCCGCCGGGGUCAAUUGCGAAGCAGGUCCGACCGUUCGUCCCGCGGGAGAAUGGGGACUGUGAGGUGCUUCUCCUCUUCGUCGUCUUCUUCUGCUGGUUCGAGUGGAGCCGUUUCCCCGAUGGAAUUCCUGGAGGAAGAGGACUUGGGGCAUGUGAUACGGUUCGAAAUGUCCGAUUUCAAGAUGCUCGAUCGGGUUAGCGCUGGCCUUGGCGGGCGGGGAGACGAAGUAGUAUUCGAAGCGGUGGUUGAUGAUGAGACGAGUCCUUUGUACAAUACGAGAGUUGUGCUGCGGCGGCUUACGAGUACACAAGCUCAACGAAGGGGAAAGCGAGCAAUCGAGGUGUUGAAGAAGCUGGUUCGUCGGAGGCUCAUGUAUCAUUCGUAUUCAAUGCAAGUUCAUGGCUAUGUUUCCUCACAGACAAGCUCUGGCGAUGCCUCGUUUACUUUGGUCCAUGGGUACCAUGGAAGUUUUUCCUUGAGACAUUGGCUUAAUCAGUCAGAUUGGCUGCCAACUUUGGAAGCUACACUUGCAUUGGAUGAGGAAUCUGUCAGAAGGGUUGGAGAUGACACGGUUGGGGGGCCGACAGUCUCGAGGAAAUUACGAAUCAUCCGUGUCUUGAUGAGAGACCUUUUGAUUGGAGUAAACUACUUGCACAGUCAUGGACUUGCUCAUACAGAAUUGAGGCUGGAGAAUGUGCAUAUAAGCCCAGUGGAUAGACAUAUCAAAGUAAAUAUUAUUGGAUUCUGCUUGUCGACUAGAUUUGGUAAUUUUGAUUUUAGAAGUUAAUUGACAAGAAUCUAGUAGUUUGUACAAAGCAUAAUGAUGGCAUGUGGUGAUUAUAAGAAUGCUGGUUUCUUGGUUGUUUCUCUUGUUACUUGUUAUGUAUAUUUCAUUUCCAACCUUACAGGUAGGCAUACUGGGUAAUGCUGCAGACUUCUAUGAGGAUGGUCAAAAUAAUACUACAUUGGACAACAACAUGGAUCGGCGACGGAUGAUGAUUGGCUUUGACAUGAGGUAUAGUAUGCAGAAUCAGUGUGGAGUGCAAAAGCUUGUGAAGAGACUUGUAAAUCUCAGUCUGAUUCAAUUUUUGUAUAGAUGCCUGGGAUUCAUGAUGGCAAAAAUGGUGUUACGAGAACUCAUGGAUCCACUGAUAUUUUCGAAGUUCAAAACCUUCCUCGUAAAGAUGCUCGACCGGAACUGGGGUGCAGGUUGGAACCUUCUGUCCUCGUUACUUGCAACUAAACCUUCCAAAAGAAUGAGCUGUCUGGAUGCUCUUAGGCAUCCAUUUCUGUGCGGACCCAGAUGGCGUAUUACUCCAUCCAUGGAUAUCAUUCGAUGGGGUCUCGGCUCAACUGCUGUGCGAAUUAUAGAGGAAUACAUUUAUAGUAGGCCUCAGCGAAACAGGAUUUCGUAUUUCAUUGAACUGAUGGAGAUGCUCAAUCCUAAUUCCAAGCCAAAGAACUGGUUCGAAUUGCUACCAGGAAAAUGGCGUCUAAUAUACUGCACAGGGAGGCAUGUGGGACUAACCCUUCGCCAGCCACCCGCCCGAGUGCUCAUAGGGAACGUCAGUCUGACAGUAUCCAAACUAUCAAAACAAAGCAGAGAUCUCUCAUUCACUUCUAGCGUUGACUUCACAGUCAUGACCGGUCAAGACUGGCCCCAUGAUAAGACCGGUGUGGACGGCCAGCUGCAAGUGAACUCUCCAUUCAAACUAAUGUCAGGGAAACGGCUGUACCUCAAGGGAGAAAAGAACACCACCAGCGGGAGAUUCUCAUUCGGGGAAUCUACCGAUAUGGAUUCCCUGGCCCCCAAGUUACUAGCAGGGAGAUGGAGGAAAGCCCUGCCAUUUAAGGAGUUCCCAUCGAGCCUCCGUGUGGCGAAGCUUGCUUCGGGUGAGAAUGUUGACAUCACAAUGACGUUUGACGAUGGAGAGAAGGGUCGUGGAAAUGUGGUUCAGGCACGAGAUGCACUUCGGGAGGUCCGAAUCCAGUUGCCUCCAGAGAUGUUCGAUUUGUCGAGGAUUGUGUGUGGGACGUUUGUUGACGCUAGGCAUCUGGUGCUUCGUGGAGUGAAUGGGUCGGCUUUGUUGUUUGCUAGGUCUUGUUUGGAUCAGUAAGAAGUGUGUAGAUAGCAGAAGGUGAUUUGGUUAGAAUGAAAUUUGAAUGUACAGUUUGUGUACAUAUUCAUGUAGUUCAAAACAAUCGACAUCUCUUACAGAUUGCACACGAUUCUUGAAUUAGAAACGGGCCUAUGACCAUUCGCAUCCAGACUGAACUUUCAUGCCAACAUUGCUGGCAAAAUUUCAAGGACAGAGUUCUGCAUAAACCAUACACAAUCAGCCUGGACAGUAGAUGUUACGAAAAUGAAGGACG